GAAGGCGGGAAUGUGCUCUCGCAGGGGAGCCGGGCCGGGGGAGCGAGGCGGUGCGUGCGAGCCCACAGCAACAAUUGCUUUGCAGGAGGCUCAGCCUCUCGCAGGCUCCAUCCCUAGCGAAGCAGGCACCACUGGUCCACGUUCACAAGUUAAGCAUGAUGCGAGUGAACGAACGUUUCAUUCUCCUGCCUCUCUGUAUUAUCUAAACCUAGACCACAAACAUGAAGUCACAGCACAGGAGCUCUUGUAGCUGGAGACUCCAGGCUUGUGCUUUUACGGAGGAUACAGUCUCAUUUCUGCAAUCCAUUGCUUGUCUGAAGGCUGGAACUGCCACUGUCUGGCUGCUGCGCUGCAGGGGAAUGCCGUUUAUGAGAAAAAGUGUUGCUUGCACCCUGAGCUCCAUGCCACACAAACACUGCCUGUUUCUGUGGGGAUUUGCUCUCCUUGCAGAACAGUUCACCACCACGCCUUCAUUUGCCAGACAUCCAUGCCCUGGCCUUCCUAUCUUAUACCUCCCUAUAUGUUUUCUGAGAAAUCUUACCCUGAAGAAAUGGUCUUCUCCCCAGCAAUUUAGAGAAUACAGGCAAGCAGUGUAAACCUGAGCAUGACAGGCUGGCUGUGUGGUAACAGAGCUGGCUUUGCAGGACUUCUAGCCAUGUUUUAUUAGCUCAGCUCAGACCCUUAGGAGAAUCCAAAUUCAUGCUGAUUUCUGUUUCAUUACAUCUUCUCCAUUGUCUAACCCUUUCACCUCCUGUGCCCAAUUCCUGUAACAGCAGUCCUGGAAUACAGUUCACUUUCCUUGACCAGAUUGUUAAGGACAAACGAGGUGCUUCUGAAACUCCCAGAGGAUACCUGUUUAUGUGCCUAACCACACCAACACCUUUUAAGUCAGGUUUGCUGUCACUCACACACAAGCCUGGGACUGAAGCUAUUUCAAGUACCUUCAGAAUGACCAUGCACCAGCAGCUGAGCUGCAGACAUCCAAGGGGAGAACAGAUGGCAACUGAUUCGGUCCAUUUUGUUACACGCUGUCGUUUACGAAGUGAGCUUUCGGGCACCUGAGGCUUAAUCAUGCCAAGAGGAUGAAUGCGCCCAGCUUGAGCAGACGUUUAAGGCAAAGAAGCAAUAGAGGUGCAAAUCCCCCAGAGUCACCAGGAUGUGAUGCCCAACGAUGAGCAGUAAUUACUGCAGCAACAGUUCAGCCAGCAUGAGUGUCAACGAAAUGUCUGCCUUCUCUCUGACUUUAGAACAAAAAACUGGCUUUGCCUUUGUGGGAAUCUUGUGUGUUUUCUUGGGACUUCUAAUUAUCAGAUGCUUCAAAAUUCUGUUAGACCCCUACAGUAGUAUGCCUUCAUCUACAUGGGAAGAUGAAGUUGAGGGGUUGGAUAAAGGAACAUUUGAUUAUGCGCUUGCAUGAAAACUCGCAGAAUAUCCUGCCUUAUAUUUGAUGUUGAUUUCAUUUUGGAAACCAACUGUUGUUACAUUUGUUAUACAUACCUGUGUUUUGGAGAUAUGUUGGUGCCAUCCAUUUUGUUAAAUAAAUAUUUGUUGCAGACUCAAAA